CAGCACGCCUAAAGGCUGAGUACCUUACACCGUCUCUAUAGUACGAAGUGUCACCAUUUUAUCGUUAACGUGCCCGAUACCUGUCUGGAGACAAUGAUAUGACAACUCCAUGGAAACAGUUGACAGAACUCUAUCUGUCGAGAUUUUCUUAUCUCUGGAUACAGUUCGAACAUUGCAAUAUUCACACCAGUCGGAUGUUACUUCGCUUUUACAAUACCCACACGUGACUGUUAGAUGUGAUGUCGCCUUUACAAUACCCACACGUGACAGUUGGAUGUGACGUCGCCUUUACAAUACCCACACGUGACAGUUGGAUGUGACGUCGCCUUCACAAUACCCACACGUGACUGUUAGAUGUGACGUCGCCUUUACAAUACCCACACGUGACUGUUAGAUGUGACGUCGCCUUUACAAUACCCACACGUGACAGUUGGGUGUGACGUCGCCUUUACAAUACCCACACGUGACAAUUUGAUGUGACGUCAUCUUCACAAUACCCACACGUGAUAUUUGGGUGUGACGUCGCCUUUACAAUACCCACACGUGACUGUUAGAUGUGACGUCGCCUUUACAAUACCCACACGUGACAGUUGGAUGUGACGUCGCCUUUACAAUACCCACACGUGACAGUUGGAUGAGACGUCACUUUUACAAUACCCACACGUGACAGUUGGAAGUGACGUCGCCUUUACAAUACCCACACGUGAUAGUCGAAUGUGACGUCGCCUUUACGAUACUCGCAGGUGCAAUUUGGUGUGAUGACGCCUUUACGAUACGCACACGUGACAGUUGGGUAUGACGUCAUCUUUACCAACUUUACAUAAUCACACGACUACAACUCUCAGUGGGUAACCACAGGGACCAGUCAGUGUUUACCUGUUAGGGACCGGUCAGUGUUUACCUGUUAGGGACCGGUCAGUGUUUACCUGUUAGGGACCAGUCAGUGUUUACCUGUUAGGGACCGGUCCCUGUGUGUAUAACGUAUACGUACUAACCAGGGGUGUGUGUGACAUGUGGCGGAACAUUGUAAUCAGUUCUGUACGUGCAGUGUCAUAUUAGGGUUGGUAUAAGGACGGGUGAGUGCGGUACAGCGGGUAACACCCACUUCUCUCUGGUGUAAAGUGACACUUUCUACGUCAGUCAGAAAGACCAGAUGAUUGCGAGGAAUGAAUAUUAAUGUGCCACUUCCGUCAGAACAAUCGACAUUCCGGAAAUCGCCGAGCGAGGGUAGCGCCAAGUCUUCUGAUAGGUCUUCUGACCUUGACACCUCCGAUCCACCUGCCAAGUUCAGGGACCACUUUAUCAAAGCUGACUUCAUCCUCGUUGUCAUCUUUACCAAAGAGAAACUAUUCCACGUCGUUUGACCCCGAACAUCAGGGUUACAAUGAUAUCCGCUUCCUGGCGGAGUUAGUUAAACCCCUGCAGUACAGACUCCGUGUGUCAAAGAAGGAGAGGCGCGAGAAGGUCAUCAUUCCGUCCAAACAUGGCUAUCACCCCAGGAGUCAGUCACCUACUUUUAAAAUGCUUCUGGAGGCCACAGAAAAACUCAAUGUUCUGUGUGAGAACGAUUCUUUGGAGGGACAGGUGAGUCGGGAGUAUUCCAAUAACAUGACUGUAGAAGGUCCCCUCAGUCCGCUCAGAUACAGUGAACGGUUAAACCGAGUCAGUAAUGGCCGAGGUAAACCAAGUCAAACCUAUAUAACGGAUGUGGCAACGACCAGGAAAACGCUUCCUAAAACUGACCAUGUAAUCACUGAAAAACUUGAAAUUCCGAAACAUUAUCCCAAAAGUGAGGAAGUUAUAUCUGAGGAGGGGGAUAUCACAGACUCUAACUCCACCAAAUCGGACGAGGUUUAUUUCAAAGUGGAUUUUAAGGAAGAAGAUGCGCACGCCGAACUUCACUUGUUUCUUCCGCACAUAUCUGAGCCGGUAACUGGCCGCGGGACCUCACCCGACGCCAAAAAUGGAACUGUUAACGGCAAAGGUGGCAAUGGCGAUCGGGUUACUUUACCUUCGUUACCCCGCCAAUCAAAUAUGACGUCACAAAAAACAUAUCUUUCUAAGAAAGCAAAUAAUAAAAACAACGCCAAAAAGAAAAAGAAGAAAGUGGACAACAGGUGUCCAUCCGCUAAAGACAGUGACCGCAAGGUGAAUGACCACUUGAACGAUGUGCCCACUCUGAUAUCCAUGAAUUAUGAGAACGGACACCACGAAAGGCGUGACCCGCACAGUGACGACACAAUUUGUGACGUAGCUAACUGUCCUUUCCACUCCCUGAUGGCAUUGGCUAGGGCUGAAACGUAUGUGUAAUGCUGAUAGUGCGCAUGUCAGGAAGUGGUCGUGAAGGCGAUUAUACGCGUGACCAGACGGACUGUUCAGUUAAGAAGGAAAAUGUGUUUAAUCGCUAUGUGCGUAUAUUGGGUUAACUUGUAGGACAGUAAACACCGGCUGAUGUCUGUGAUUUUUCUGACCGAAUGUAAACGAAAGGAGUUAACUUGUAUGACAGUUAACACGAGUUAACACGACAGUUAACACGAGUUAACACGACAGUUAACACCAGCUGAUGUCUGUGAUUUUUCUGACCGAAUGUAAACGAAAGGAGUUAACUUGUAUGGCAGUUAACACCAGUUAAUGUCUGUGAUUUUUCUGUCAUGAUGAACACUCCCAUUGGUGGUGGCUCAUUGUCUUCAUGUACUCCAUAAAUAUCGUCUCUGUGACGUCAUUUCUCUGUAAACUAGUGUACCUCUUAAGCACGUGGUCUUGUAAAAGGUUACGAAAUUCUACAUGUGCCAAUAUGCUGUUAUUUAUCAUUUAAUUUAUUAAACACUAUGCAAUGUACGUGACACGUGAUAUGUGUUUACAGAAACAAUUAAAAUAUAUACCAAUGUA